UACUGGGUAGCGCCAGUCCAACCGUCAGGUGCAGCAGGGGGCAGACUGAAUUGCUUCCUUUCUAAUGCGGGUGAACUGGUGGAGCAUUUUGUGACUAUGGCGAGUGACAGCUGUAACGACGGCUUCGAAAUCGAUUCUAAGCAGCUCCAAGCUAAUGCCACGACUGAGUAUUGCUUGAAGUUACAGCGGUGGAUGUGGGAGCAUUACUGGGGCUAUGCUAGCUGGCAGAGCUGGCUGGCUCUGUCCGCCUUUCCUUUUCCUCCGCAGGGCUCCGCCGCCCAGACACUAGCUGCUCGUGCUUCUAGCUCGGUCAGCGGACAACAAGCGUCCGAAACUGUGAGCUGGUACGGUCACCCGUAUGCCUUGAGACCCCCUGGGUCCUUCCCUCCGCAGGCGGAGCAGCGCUCAGCCGCGGGUGAGGAGAGGAGGCAGCCGAACGGGAGUCCACCACCGGCAGGACGAGAGUACACAAUCCCCUCGCCUCUCCAGAGGUUCCUGGCAGAGACUGUGGAUUUCCUCAUCCUGUUCUGUGUGAAGGCCACCAUCGUCUUAUGGAUAAUGCAUCUCUGUGGAAUGAAGGACAUUGCCAAGUUCAUCACCCACUUCAUUAUUGAGGAGAUCGAUGAGAACACAUCCAUCGAGGACCUGCAGAAAAUGAUGGUGGUCGCUCUGGUUUACAGGGUGCUGGUCUGUGUCUACGAGACGGUUUGCAUUUGGGGAGCUGGUGGUGCGACUCCAGGAAAGUUCCUGCUGGGUCUGCGGGUGGUGACCUGCGACACCUCCACCAUGGUACGACCCAACCGCGUUCUUGUAGUUCCAGCAUCCAACGUGUCCCUCUCAGCCUCCACGGUGCGGGCACUAAACAAGAACUUCUCCAUCACUUUCCUCUUCCCCAUCUUCAUCACGCUGCUCUUCUUCCAGCACAACAGGACUGUUUACGACAUUGUCGCCGGCACCAUAGUGGUUAAACGCAGGGGGGGUUGAUGGGUUCCCCCAUGUCACACACUCCGCAUUAGUUACAGAGGGCAAUUGUUUAGUUUCUAAUAAAAAAACAAAUAAUUUAUUCUAAAUGUAUAUUUUGUUACACUGAAAAGAGACGUGUUUGAACAUCACUAAGCAGAAGUUUGACUGCGGUUGUAAAGGACAUUGAUACAGAUAUGGUUGCAGAAUAUUUUUAUUAAAAUAAAAAACUGACUGCACUGAGAAGAUUUCAGUUUCCUUAUAAGUUAUGUAAAAAGAAUAAUUUAUUUGCCUCCAUAAA